UCCCCCGCUCCCGCCAAGGGCGGCACCCAGCCCGCGUCUGGUGCGUGGGUCCCCCGGGACCCACGGCGCGGCGGGGAAAGCUCCUUAACCUGCAUCAUCCCCGCUGGCUGGAGCUGCGAGGCAAAGCACCGUCUGCUUGUGAGGAGAGCGGGACGCGCCGGGGGAGCGCUGAGGGCGCCGGAGGUGCUGGAGGAAAUUUCCUUCAUCCGAGAGAAAACGAAGUGAAGGGGAUGGAUGCGGUACUUCGGGGAUACAGAGCCCUCCGUGGGUAUCGCCUUCCUUGCGUUUUGAUGGGGAGAACAUGUACAUGGGAAUGAAUGACAACGCCCAGGAGUUUCUAUCCACAAAUCAGACAUAUAAUGGCCAGAAUGAGAAUAACGAAGACUAUGAGAUCCCUCCCAUAACGCCUCCUAAUCUCCCGGACCCUUCCCUCCUGCACUUGGUGGACCACGAAACUGGAUAUCACUCCCUGUGCCACAGCCUCCCCCCGAACAGCCUGAUACCAGCGUACCCCUACCAGAACAUGGACCUGCCGGCCAUCAUGGUCUCCAACAUGUUGAGUCAGGAUGGGCAUCUUCUCUCCAGCCAGCUACCCACGAUCCAGGAGAUGGUCCACUCAGACGCCACAUCCUAUGAGUCCAACCGUCAAGUGCCCCUGAUCAAUCGCCCCGGGAUGUUGGCCGGCCCCAUGAGCGCUCUCAGCCAGUCACAGCUGAUUUCCCAGAUGGGGAUGCGGAGUGGUGUUACCCACGGUUCCCCAUCACCCCCGGGAAGUAAGUCUGCUACACCAUCUCCCUCCAGUUCUACUCAGGAAGAGGAGACAGAGUCACAUUACAAGGUUACUGGAGAGAAAAGACCAUCAACAGACCUGGGCAAAAAGCCUAAAAGCCAAAAGAAGAAGAAAAAGAAGGAUCCCAAUGAACCCCAGAAGCCCGUGUCAGCCUACGCCCUGUUUUUCAGAGACACACAAGCAGCCAUCAAAGGGCAGAACCCCAAUGCUACCUUCGGAGAUGUAUCAAAAAUUGUUGCAUCGAUGUGGGACAGUCUGGGAGAAGAGCAAAAACAAGCAUACAAGAGGAAAACAGAAGCUGCAAAGAAGGAGUACCUGAAAGCCCUGGCCGCGUACCGGGCCAGCCUCGUCUCCAAGAGCUCUGCCGACCAGGGGGAGACGAAAAGCGCCCAGAGCAAUCCACCUUCCAAAAUUAUCCCCCCCAAGCAGCCCAUGUACCCGAUGCCGCCGCAGGCUUCCUCGCCCUACCCCGGCCUGGGCUCGUUCCUGUCCCCAUCGGACCUGCAGAACUACCGUGGCCACCCCCACCCCAGCCUCUCCCGGACCCUCACCUCCAAACCCAUGCUGCCCAGCAUCAGUGCCUCCCCGCCGCCCUCCUUCCAGAUCAGCCCCCCCCUCCACCAGCAGCUCUCCUUGCACCACCCGCAGAGCUCCCUCCUCAGCCAGCCCCUCAGCAUGCAGCAGGUCCCCCAGCAGCCCCUCCUGUCCCCCCCCAUGGCACUACAGGUACAGCCCCCCAUGAACGCCUCGCCUCCCGGGCAGCAGGACUUCUCACAUAUUUCGUCUGAGUUUCAAAACAGUGUUGGACCCCGUUCGCCUGGUGCAUCGAACCCUCCAGGAAGCACUGAGUGGGACAACGACUACCCCAGCAGAGAGUGUGGGAUUAACCACUGCAGCAUGCUGCCAAGGGACAAGGCACUCUACCUCACCUAAAACUCAACAUCUCUUUUCAAGGAGGCUCAGAUGAAGGACACUUGAGAGGGUCUAUCUUACAGACUACUCGGAGAGGCACCGAGCAAGUCGUACGGACGAGAGAGCUACCACUGCACCUCGUCGCUGGCUUCGUUUCCAGGCUCUAAGAGCAGUUUUCUUUUAUUAUUUUUGAACUCUAAAAUCUACUUUCUGUGGAAGCCCAAAACCUCAUAAAUCAUGAAGAACAAAAAUUUAAAAAUUAAAAAAAAAAAAAAAUAAACACAAAACCAACACAAAAAAAUAAACAAAGGACACCAUUUUUCUGCUUGCCAUCAGCUUAGCUACAGACUAUUUUCCUAGUGAACUGCUUUUAGAUGCAGCGUAAGCCCAGGUCUGGUGUCCUACAGCAUUAGGCCAGCUCAGUAGGAGGAUGCACUCUUUUGACUUGCUAACAGCACUAAAUUUUGUGCAAGAAAAUGUGAAGUUUGUGUGAAUAUUGUACAUGCAAAGGCCUUGGAUGUCUGGCGAAAAAAAAAUAAAAAAUAAAUAAAAACUAUUGCUAGAUAGGUGAGGGGAGAGAGCAGAAGGCAAAAUAAGAGAGGAAAAAUGUGAAAAAGAUCAUGAAAAUAUAAUUUGUUGGAUAGUUGUAAGUAGUUUACUAAGUGUUUUAGAGCUGUGCUAAAGACAUCUUUAAGAUUUUUUUGUGAAAAAAAUUAGUAGUUUACUUUAUAGUAAAAGCAUUUUAUAUUAAUUGUAGCACAUUUUUUAGUUAUACAUAGAAGGGAGAUGUGUAUAAAAAAACAACAAAAAAAGCCUGCCAAACUUGUUUCUAUUAUUUGUACAGCAAGAAAUGGACAAUUUAUAUCCAUGUUGUAUGGCAUUAUUAUAUUUUUCUGCCAUAUGUCCAUCUAUUUAAAAAUUGCUGGCAAUGAUUUUUGUCUAUUUAUGAAAAAUUAGAGAUCAUAAUUACAGUUUCUCAUAAGGUGCAUUUUUGGGUUUUUUUAUUUUUUAUUUUGUUUGAUGGUGUUGCUUUCACAGCACCUGGCACAUUUGGUUCACAAUGCUUAUCUUACCUUUCUUUAUAAUAAAACAUACGAAAAGUG